CAGGUAAAAACGUAGCCAGGCACAGUCAAGUCGACGCGGUUCACCUGUUGCAUCUUUUUCAACACGACACGUAACCUACCUGUCGCUUAAAAUGUGAAAUUCGGCGUCCAAAAUGCGGGGUUUGUGUAAAUUUUCACUGGUGGUGCUGGUUCUGUGCUUUUUCCAGUGCGGACAGUUCUCUGUGACCCUAGGAGAGGUGAAAUGCGGCCAGAGGACUUGCAAGGAGGCCGAAUACUGUUCGCCUUAUAACAGUAUUUGCGAGCCCUGCAAGGGUGUCUGCGAUAACAGUAGCCAUAACUAUGAUAAGGACAUCUGCGAGAAAAGCUGUCAAGUCUACUUAUUCGAUCAGCGGUACACCAGGGUGGGAGAGAGGGGUGGGGAAGGACCCGAAGAUUUGAGGGGUACCGUCCAACAACUGUCUCGUAUGGUUACUGUGACCCUCACUUUGGUAUGUUUGAUGCUACUAGUCCUUGCUGCCGUCCUUUGCUUCCAGCUCUACCGGUGGAAGGUCAAGAAAAACAUUACCUUCGCUUCUAUAAAAAACAAACUGCUCGGCAAAAAGACACAAGAGGACUCGACUCCGUCCAAAAACAACGUACCAAUGCCAGAGACCAAAAAGAAUGAUCUGCGACUAGAUAUUAUGCCAGCAACUAUCACCCACUCAGACCACAGUCCUGUAACGGUAACCACGUCCAUCAGCAGAAGACCAGCUGAAGACAGCACUCUAGACUACGCUUACGACAACCAUGCAAUGUCCAACAAUCCUAAAUAGAGCUCUUCUUCUUCCUCCCAGAGCUUAGUCUUCACCUGAUUUCUGUACAGAUUCACAUCACUGCGAAAAGGUACCUUGUAUCGUGUUAGCUUUAUUAUUCUUUUAGGAUAACUAGUUUAAGUUGUUCAAAAGCGUCUGGACUAGACUGUUGUAUUAUUGUUAUAUUAUUGUGUACAUUUUUCGCAAAUUUCGUUCGCUUUGGGGAGCUGUGCAAUUUUUAUUACUGUAGAACAGAUAGAAACUAUGUUGCAUAUUGAAUAAAUCAUUAUUUUUUCCUCGAGAUCAACUUCACUUAGUUCAAAACUAAUUUUUGAAGGAACAGGUAUGUCACAUCAUUGAAAAAUGUCUUAAUUUAUCUUAAUUAACUAUUUUCUAAUCCUUUGCCCCCUUCCUGGCGGCGCCUAUGACUCAUUGGAUCGUUCAUGCAAUCCCUGAACAUCUUUUUUUCGAUUUUGUGCCAUACCUAACGGGACUAGCAUAAAAUCUAAUUUAAGUACCAGCUGCUUUAGAGCACCGUUGGUUAUUUCAAUUUUCUUAACUUGAUUUUUAUUUUAUAACUAAGCACAUUAACGACGCCAUUAAAUUUUUACCGUCUAUAAAACCACAGUUAACUUAAGUAACAGUCCCUGGAUAGGGUAUUGCUUUCUCUUAUUAAACAAAAAAGUGUUCAUGGGUGUGCCGAGUUGCAAAAUAUUAGUUAAACGUACUUAAAUUUCAUCUAGUCACAACUAGAAUGUCAGCUUUAAUGUAAGCAUCACUCCUAAUAAUUAAUUUCGUUCAAUAAAUAUACUUAAUUAGAUAAUUAGGUUAUUGGAAAGAUUUAUGUAUAACUCUGUUAACAAAAAUGUAAACAGAACAUAGAGUCCCUUCUAGGUAAUUUUUUUUAGUUUAAAAUUAGCACAAAGUUAAAUACAU